AUGAAUGUCCAAGAAACCCUAAACCUCUUUGAUUCUUGUUGGUUCGAACGGAAAAUCUUCAAGAACCGAUGGAAUUCGUUGUCCCCAUCGAAUUUCACAGCAAACCCAGAUGAUAAAACCGAAGAAAUCGUGUCAGGACCACGAGAAAAUCCAUCAAUCGGUACACCAUCGAGAAAUGAGAGAUCAAGAAUAUACGAUUCUUCAUCACCAGACAGAGUUCUGCUUCACGGAUCCGUUUUUCCCGGGAAAGAAACAGAAGAAAACAGGAGUGCACGAAGAAGGACGAAAGGAUUAAGGGGAAGAAGCGAAACGAGCAAGAGCGCGUCGGAACUAGAAUCCGAAGAGCUUAAAGGGUUCAUGGAUUUAGGGUUUGCUUUCAAGGAGGAAAGCGUGAAUUCUGAGCUGGUCGAGAUUCUUCCCGGCUUGCAAGGAUUUCUUGGGAGACAAGAAAAGCGGUCGGAGAUUCCAAGGCCGUACGUAUUUGUCAGAGUCAUGGGACUGGAGAAGAAGAGAGAUUGA